AUGGGUCCCCUGUGGAGCUGGUGGACGCUGUGGGCCGGAGCUGUCCUCCUGUGGGCCCCACUGUCCCCAGAAGUGGCCUCCUGUGAUAGUCUCAAAUGUCCUGCCGGGCAGCACUGCGAGGUGGUGGAGGGCGAGGCUCGCUGUGUGGCGGACUUGGCGGUCACCUGCCGCAUCCAGGGGGACCCCCACUACACCACCUUUGACGGCCGGCGCUAUGACAUGAUGGGUACGUGCACCUACACCAUUGCCGAGCUGUGCAGCGAGGAAGGCGACCUGCCGGCCUUCAGUGUGGAGGCCAAGAACGAGCAUCGCGGCAGUCGUCGUGUGUCCUACGUAGGCUAUGUCACCGUGCGUGCCUAUGGCCACUCAGUAUCACUGGCACGCGGGGAAGUCGGCUUGGCCCGGAUCGACAGCCAGCGCUCACGCCUGCCAGUCUCUCUGGAGAAUGGCCGCAUGUACGUGUACCAGAGCAGACGCCGGGCCAUAGUGGAGCUGGACUUUGGGUUAGUUGUCACCUAUGACUGGGACUGCCAGAUGACUGUGACCCUGCCAGCCAACUUCCGGGAUAAGGUGUGCGGCCUGUGUGGCAACUACAAUGGCGACCCCCAGGACGACUUCCUCACGCCUGACUGGGAGCAGGCGAGCAGCGCUGCCGAGCUGGCCAGUAGCUGGCGGCUGGAUGACGGAGACUACCUAUGUACCGACGGUUGUGAGAGCGACUGUCCCUCCUGUACCCCUGGCCAGGCUCAGCACUAUGAGGGUGACCGGCUCUGUGGCCUGCUGACCCAGAAGAAAGGCCCCUUUGCUGCCUGCCAUGCCACCCUGGACCCUGAGCCCUUCCUCAGGGAAUGUGUCUAUGACCUAUGUGUGACAGAAGGCGACCGACCCAGCCUGUGCCGCAGCCUCAGUGCCUAUGCCCAGGCCUGCCUGGAGCGUGGUAUCUCCAUUGGGAACUGGAGGCAGCCAGCUAACUGCCCUCUAUACUGCCCAGCCAACAGCCACUAUCAGCAAUGUGGUCCGGCCUGUCCCGCCUCCUGCAACCCCUCGGCCACACCCUCCAACUGUUCUUCGCUACCGUGCGUUGAGGGCUGCGUGUGCAAGCCUGGCUUUGUGGCCAGCGGUGACGCCUGUGUGCCGACCUCGUCCUGCGGCUGUGUCUUUGAGGGCCACCUGUUGGCCCCCGGCGAGAAGGUGUGGGCAGACGAUAGGUGCCGUCGCCUUUGCGUCUGUGAUGGCACCACCCACAAGAUGCGCUGCAGUGACACUCAGGGCUGCCCAGCUGGUGAGCUCUGCCUGGUCCAGAACGGCCUCCUGGGUUGCUACCCUGACAGCUUUGGGAGCUGCCAAGCAUCCGGUGACCCACACUACUUGACCUUCGAUGGCCGCCGCUUGGACUUUAUGGGCAACUGCACGUACCUGCUGACGGGUUCAUGUGGCCAGGCCACGGGGCUGACCGCUUUCCGUGUGCUGGUGGAAAACGAACAUCGUGGAAGCCAGACCGUGAGCUACACGCGUGCUGUGCGGGUGGAGACCCUGGGCGUGACUGUGGAGGUGCGCCGGGAGGACCCCGGACGAGUGCUGGUUGAUGGUGUCCUUCGACACCUGCCCUUCCAGGCGGCCAGCGGCCAGGUGAAUAUUUACCGCCAGGGCGCCGACGCUGUGGUGCGCACAGACUUUGGUUUGACCGUCACCUAUGACUGGAAUGCCCGGGUGAUUGCCAAGGUCCCAAGCAGCUAUGCUGGGGCCCUGUGCGGGCUGUGUGGAAACUUUGACGGAGAUGCAAGUAACGAUCUGGCCCUGCGAGGCGGUGGCCAGGCCACCAGUGCCCUGGACUUUGGAAACAGCUGGCAGGAAGAAACCAAGCCAGGCUGCGGGGCGACCGAGCCGGGUCACUGUGACAAUCUGGAUGCCCUGGUGACGGAGCAGCUGCAGGGCAAAAAGGAGUGUGGGAUCCUGGCAGACCCCGAAGGGCCCUUCCGGGAAUGCCACUCAGUCCUGGACCCCCAGGGUGCUGUGCGUGACUGUGUCUAUGACCAAUGCAUGACGCCAGGACAGUCUGGGUCUGUGUGUGAGGCUCUGGCUGCUUAUGCAGCUGCCUGCCAGGCCGCCGGGGUCACGGUGCACCCCUGGAGGAAUGAGGAAUUUUGCCCGAUGAAGUGCCCGCCCCACAGCCACUACGAGCAGUGCUCCACCGGCUGCCCGCUGACCUGCGGAGACCUGCCAGUGCCCGGGGGCUGCGGCCAGGACUGCUACGAGGCCUGCGAGUGCGACGAAGGCUACGUGCUGAGCGGAGACCUCUGCGUGCCCCGCAACGAGUGUGGCUGCGUGUACCAGGGCGCCUACUACCCACCGGGCCAUACCUUCUACCCGGGCAGCGACUGCGCCUCCUUGUGCCGCUGCCAGCAGGACGGCGUGGUGUCCUGCCAAGAGGCCGGCUGUGGCCCGCAUGAGGCCUGCCGGCCGACCAACGGCACCCUGGGCUGCGUGUCGGUGGGCUCGGUCACCUGCCAGGCGUCGGGAGACCCCCACUACACCACCUUCGACGGCCGCCGCUUCGACUUCAUGGGCGCCUGCCUGUACGUGCUGGCCCGCACGUGCAGGACCCGGCCCGGCCUGCCCCACGUCCCCAGCAUGCCUGAGUUCACCGUCCUGCAGGAGAACGUGCACUGGAACGGGAACCGAGUGAGCGUGACCAAGGCCAUCACCGUGGUGGUGGGGAACUACACCCUGCGGCUGCAGCAGAAGCUGUGGAAGGUCACGGUGAACGGAGUGGACAUGAAACUGCCAGUGGUACUGGCCAAUGGCCAAAUUCGCGCCUCCCAACAUGGCUCAGAUGUGGUGAUCGAGACCUACUUUGGCCUGCGCGUGGCCUAUGACCUCAUGUACUACGUGCGGGUCACAGUCCCAGGCAGCUACUAUCAGCAGCUUUGCGGUUUGUGUGGAGACUAUAAUGGUGACCCCAAGGACGACUUCCAGAUGCCCGACGGCUCACAGGCUGGCAACCCCAAUGACUUUGGCAACUCCUGGGAGGAGAAGGUGCCUGGCUCUCCAUGCGUGCCACCACCACCUCCGACCUGCAAACCUGAUGGGGACUGUGGGGAGGACUCGGUGUGCACCCCCCAGCAGGAGCAGCAGUUCCAGCAAAACGACUUCUGCGGCUUCCUCACCAAGCCCAAUGGGCCACUGGCUGCCUGCCACUCACUCAUCAACCCCCAGGGGCCCUUCCAGGAUUGCGUAUUUGACAUGUGCGUUGGAAAUGGGAACCAAAGCAUCCUCUGCUCCACCAUCCACGCCUAUGUGAGUGCCUGCCAGGCCGCUGGGGGCCGCGUGGAACCCUGGAGGACUGAAACAUUCUGCCCCAUGCCGUGUCCCCCUAACAGCCACUAUGAGGUCUGCGCAGACACCUGUUCUCUGGGGUGCUCUGCACUCAGUGCUCCUCAACAGUGUCCCGAGGGCUGUGCCGAGGGCUGCCAGUGUGACUCCGGCUUCCUCAACAGUGGCCAAGCCUGUGUGCCCAUUCAGGAAUGUGGCUGUUUCCACAAUGGAAUCUACUAUGAGCCGAAUACGACCGUGCUCCUGGACAAAUGCCAGCAACAGUGUGUGUGCCACGCCGGCAAAGGCAUGGUGUGUAAGGAUCACAGCUGCCGCCCGCAUGAGCUGUGCGAACCCUCGGGAGGGGUCCUGAGCUGUGUCAGCAAAGAUCCAUGCCACGGUGUCACGUGUGGCCCCCAGGAGAAGUGCGUGGAGAAAGAUGGCCAGGGUGUGUGUGUGCCCAACUACCAUGCCGUGUGUAGUCUGUGGGGAGACCCCCACUACCAAUCCUUCGAUGGCCGGAACUUCAACUUCCAGGGCACCUGUGACUACGUGCUUGCCACCACUGAAUGCCCAGCAGGAAAUGCUUCAGGCCUGACCCCCUUCACAGUUACCACCAAGAAUGAGAACCGUGGAAACCCCUCCGUGUCCUAUGUGAGGCAGGUCACUGUGAGCACCCUCGGCGUUAACAUCUCCAUCCACAAAAAUGAGAUCGGCAAAGUCCGGGUGAACCAAGUGCUCACAGCACUGCCAGUCUUCGCUGCUGGUGGGCGCAUUUCCAUCACCCAAGGUGCCUCCAAGGCUGUGCUGGCCACCGACUUCGGGCUGCAGGUCACUUACGACUGGAACUGGCGGGUGGAGGUGACGCUGCCUAGCAGCUACCAUGGCGCUGUGUGCGGGCUCUGCGGGAACAUGGACAAAAACGUCAGCAAUGACCAGGCCUUCCCCAACGGCACCCUGGCUCCCUCCAUCCCAGCAUGGGGUGGCAGCUGGAGAGUGCCCGGCUGGGACCCGCUGUGCUGGGACGAAUGCAAGGGCUCCUGCCCAUCAUGCUCCGGGGAUCAGCUGGAGCAUUUUGGCGGUCCCGGCUUCUGCGGGCCCCUGGCAUCUGGCUCCGGUGGUCCCUUCGCUGCCUGCCAUGCCCACGUGCCUCCAGAGAGCUACUUCAAGGGCUGCGUCCUGGACGUGUGUCUGGGUGGGGGCGCUCACAACAUCCUCUGCCAGGCUCUGGCUGCCUAUGCUGCUGCCUGCCAGGCUGCCGGAGUAGUCAUCGAGGACUGGAGGGCACAGCUUGGCUGUGAGAUGAAAUGCCCCCCGAACAGCCACUACGAGCUCUGCGGCCAGCCCUGUCCAGCCAGCUGUCCCUCUCCUCACCCACCCCAGAGUCCCGCCCUGUGCGAAGGCCCUUGCUCUGAGGGCUGCCAGUGCGACGAGGGCUUUGUGCUGAGCGCCGGCCACUGCGUGUCCCUGGACGGCGGCUGCGGCUGCUGGGCCAACGGCACCUACCAUGAGGCUGGCAGCGAAUUCUGGGCCGAUGCCACCUGCUCCCAGCGCUGCCGCUGCAGCCCUGGCGGUGGCUCUGUGGUCUGCUCACCUGCCAACUGCGGGCUGGGUGAGGAGUGCGCCCUGCUUCCCUCGGGCCAGCUGGGCUGCCGUCCUGUGAGCACGGCUCAGUGUGAAGCUUGGGGCGACCCCCACUACAUUACGCUGGAUGGGCACCGCUAUGACUUCCAAGGCGCCUGUGAGUACCUGCUGAGCGGUGCCUGCCAUGAGCUGCCCGCUGGGGUGGAGAACUUCACCGUGACUGUGGCCAACGAGCACCGCGGCAGCCAGGCCGUGAGCUACACUCGCAGCACCAGCCUGUACAUCUAUGGCCAUAACUUCACCCUCAGUGCCCGCUGGCCCCGACAGCUGCAGGUGGACGGCGUGCUCGUGGAGCUGCCCUUCCAGCUGGACUCGCGCCUGCGCGCACACCUGAGCGGCAACGACGUGGUGGUGACGGCGGCCAACGGGCUCUCCGUGACCUACGACGGCAACAGCAUCGUGCGCCUGCGCGUGCCGGCGGCCUACCAGGGCGCCCUCUGCGGCCUGUGCGGGAACUACAACCGGGACCCCAAGGACGACCCGCAGGCGGUGGGCAAGGACCCGGGCCAGUGGCAGGUGGGCGGCGGCCCGGGCUGCAACGAGUGUAUGCCGGAGCCGUGCCCGCCGCAGUGCACGCCCGAGGAGCAGGCGCAGUUCGGCGGCCCCGACGCCUGCGGUGUGAUCUCGGCGCCCGAUGGCCCCCUGGCCCCCUGCCACCACCUCAUUCCGCCCAAGCAAUACUUCGAGGCCUGCUUGCUGGAUGCCUGUCAGGCACAGGGCCACCCCGGGGGUCUCUGUCCCGCUGUGGCCGCCUACGUGGCAGCCUGCCAGGCCGCCGGAGCCCAGAUUGGAGAGUGGAGACGCCCUGACUUCUGUCCCCACCAAUGCCCAGCCAACAGCCACUACCAGCUCUGUGGAGACUCCUGUCCUGUUAGCUGCCCGAGCCUCUCUGCCCCCGAGGGCUGCGAGCCGACUUGCCGUGAAGGCUGCGUGUGCGAUGCCGGCUUUGUGCUCAGUGGACACACCUGUGUGCCGGUGGGCCAGUGCGGCUGCCUUCAUGAUGGCCGCUACUACCCGCUGGGCGAGACCUUCUAUCCUGGGCCCGAGUGUGGUCGGCGCUGUGAGUGUGGGCCAGGCGGCCAAGUGCAGUGCCAGGAGGGCACCAUGUGCAGACCGUAUGAGGAAUGCCGGGUGCAGGAUGGUGUCCAGGCCUGUUACCCUACCGGCUGCGGCCGCUGCGUGGCCAGCGGAGGCGUCCACUAUGUUACCCUGGAUGGCCGCGUGUAUGACCUGCAUGGCUCCUGUUCCUAUGUUCUGGCUCGGGUCUGCCAACCCCAGCCUGGGGAUGAAGACUUCUCCAUCGUGCUGGAGAAGGACGCAGCUGGAGAAGCCCAGCGCCUACUGGUGACAGUGGCUGGUCAGGCCGUGGGUCUGGCUCGUGGGCCACAGGUGACUUUGGAUGGCGAGGUGGUGGCCCUGCCCAUGGACGUGGGCUCCGUGCGCGUGACGGCCGAGGGCCGCAACAUGAUCCUGCAGACAACCAAGGGAUUGCGGCUGCUUUUUGAUGGUGACGCUCAUGUCCUCAUCUCCAUCCCCAGCCCUUUCCGAGGCCGCGUAUGUGGCCUCUGUGGCAACUUCAAUGGCAACUGGAGCGAUGACCUGUCACUGCCCAGUGGCAAGCCGGCCUCCAGCGUGGAGGCCUUCGGAGCAGCCUGGCGCACGCCUGGCUCAGUGCAGGGAUGCAGCGAGGGCUGCGGGCCACAGGGCUGUCCUGUGUGUAUGGCGGAGCAGACGGCCCCCUAUGAAAGCCUGCAGGCCUGUGGGCGGCUCCAGGAUCCCAAUGGCCCCUUCAAGGCCUGCCAUGCCGUGGUGAAUCCCACUGAGUACUUCCGCCAGUGCGUGUACGACAUGUGUGCCCACAAGGGCAACCUCGCCUUCCUGUGCCGCAGCCUCACCACCUACACCGCUGCCUGCCAGGCGGCUGGAGUGGAAGUGAAGCCCUGGAGGACAGACAGCUUCUGCCCCCUGAAGUGCCCAGCCAACAGCCACUACUCCAUCUGCACCCGCUCAUGCCAGGGCUCCUGCGCUGGUCUCUCCGGCCUUGAGGGCUGCACAGGCCGCUGCUUUGAGGGCUGCCAGUGUGACAACGGCUUCCUGCUCUCCCAGGGCACUUGUGUUCCUGCCCAGGACUGUGGCUGCUCCGUGGAUGGCCGAUACUUGCCAGCAAACACCUCCCUGCUGAGCCCAGACUGCACCAAGCGCUGCUCCUGCUCUGCCAAUGGCGUUCUGACCUGCCAGCCUGUCGGCUGCCCUGAGGGCCGCACCUGCGAAGUCCAGGCCGGGUCCCGGGACUGCUGGGUCCCCCACGGACUCUGUUCCCUGGCCCUGGGUGGCAAACUCACUGCCUUUGAUGGCUCCCGAAAUGCCAUCACCUCCCCAGAUGUUUAUGAGGUGUCCUCCCGCUGCCCAGGGCUCAGGGGCCUCAUCCCCUGGUACCGAGUGCUGGCCGACGUGCGCAACUGCCGUGACAAGCUGGAGGCUGCCAGCCUGGUUCACGUUUUCUUCCAGGAUGGGAUGGUGACCAUGACCUUGAGCAAGGGCGUGUGGGUAAAUGGCGUCCGGGCAGAUCUCCCCGUCAAGGUGCUGACCUCUGUCUCGGUGACCCGCCUUCCUGACGGCUCGGUACUACUGCAGCAGAAGGCGGGUGUCAGAGUCCAGUUCUGGCCCAGUGGGCAGCUGAGCGUGAUGGUCGGACGGGACCACGCAGGCAUGCUGUGCGGGGCCUGCGGAAACUUUGACGGGAACCAGGCCAACGAGGACAACUCCCAGGGACACACCCCAAUGGAGACCUGGAGAGCGCCAGACUUCUCCUCCUGCCAUGCCUGAUCAGCCGUUUGCUGGGAAGGACUUCAGGAUGUGACCCCCCACCCUUGAAGCCUGAUUCCUUAGAAUCUUCCCUUUGUCAGUUAUUCCUAC